UUCUUGAUUUUUUAUCUGCCUCAUUCUUACUUUGCUUAACCUCUUUCUUGUUCAUAGAUAUAACACCCAAACAUUCCCGAUUUAGGCUUCUCUUCUCCUCAGCAUUCAAUACCCUACCGAAUCUGAACAUGUCAGAACAAGGCCUCUCUCUUCCUUCCACCAUCAAAACCUUCCUCCCUCACUCGACCCCUAACCCUACUCAUUCAAAUCCCCUCAAGAAGAGGAGAAAUCUCCCCGGAACACCAGAUCCAGAUGCAAAAGUGAUAGCGCUGUCGCCAAAGUCCCUGAUGGCCACGAACCGCUUCGUGUGCGAAAUCUGCAAGAAGGGGUUCCAGAGAGACCAGAAUCUGCAGCUGCACCGCCGCGGACACAACCUCCCCUGGAAGCUCCGGCAGAGAAGCGAAAAAGAAGCCGGCAAAAAAGUGUACGUGUGCCCUGAAAAGACGUGCGUCCACCAUGAUCCUUCCAGAGCGCUGGGAGACCUCACGGGGAUAAAGAAGCACUACAGCAGAAAACAUGGCGAGAAGAAGUGGAACUGCGACAGGUGCUCCAAGAAAUACGCCGUUCACUCCGACUGGAAGGCGCACAUCAAGAUUUGUGGGACAAGAGAGUACAAAUGUCUCUGUGGCACUCUUUUCUCCAGGAAAGACAGCUUCGUGACGCACAGAGCCUUCUGUGAUGUCUUGGCGGAAGAAAAUGCCCGAAUAAGCUUCGUUCCCGAAGCACCCAGAAUCCCUCAGAUUUAUCCAGGCUAUGGAGGUUCAUCAGAAACGUUGAUCCAGGUCAAUUCAAGCAUGCCUGAUUUGAUGCAAACCAUGAACAUGCUCCCGAAUUCCUUGUCGUCCUCCUGGGUGAAACCAUACCCAGAAGCAUCAUUCGAAAGUCUUGCCAAUCUGGCCAUGUCUGGGGCAUCUCAUCGCCUACUGAAGGAGGAAGAAGAAGAGAACAAAGGGGGGUUGUCGUAUAGCGCGAGCUCUUUGUAUUGUAGUAAUUAUCAAAACCCAUGGCAAGUAGGCUUGGCUCAGCCUCAUCACAUGUCGUCACCCACUUCACUGUUACAAAAAGUAAACCAGAUGAGAUCUACAGGAAGCAACCAUGUCAACAUUUUUGGCUUCAUGGGCGGCUCCUUACCAUCACUCUCCAGCAGCACUUCGUCGUUCAGAAACGGCGAUGAGGCAGGACUAUAUUUCAAGAAUACAGCAAAUGGAACUGAUGACCAAAGCUUGAACGACUUGGUGACGAUCUCAAAAGGAAACUCGAAUGUUGGAGUUGGAGGUGACGAUUGUCAUGGAUUGGUACUGAAUGAUUCGAACUCGAGCCACUUUGUGAUGAGAAGCCGCGGGGAGAAUUUAGAUCAGAUGGAACUGGGUGGUUUAACCAGAGAUUUUCUAGGCGUUGGUGAGAAAGAGUUAGCCGGGUUUAAUGCAGCCGGCUCGGUUGCUCAGCCAUGGAGCUGAGCCUGAGACUGUGCAGUGGUGAAUACUUGUUCGCUGAGUUGCAGAUUCCUACUCGGCAAUUAAGUAACUGGCAUGAGGAAUAUUCACAUAGGCAAUAUUACACAACGAGUUAUAUAUAAAAAGUACGUGUUACAAGUGGUUAAUCACACGUAUAUAGAACAACUAGCUGUUGAUGAGUAUUUUACCGAUCGACCAAAUUGAAUUUUACAAGGUCAAAAUAGAUUCUUUGUCAGUGGUAAUUAACUAGGCAUAAUUUUAGAAGGCUACGUCACAUUUAUUUAAAAAAAAUAAAAUGGUUCUUGUUUACACAUCAAUAAAAAUGUUGACAAGCUUGCUCGGUCAGGACUAUAGUUUCGCACACCCACUUUUUCUGGUUU